GGGCCGCGGGGCACAACUGAGGCAGGGCGGAGGGACAGGCGGGGGCAGCGGCGGCCUUCAAACGCCUCACUUGCGUUUAUUUUUUUUUUCGGGAGGGGAAAAACGCCCCCAAAGUGUUACUUGGCUUUGGUGGACGACGUCGCUCAAGUGCCAGCCGGCGGGGCGGGCAGGAGGGCUGGGGGGGUGCCGGCUCUCCCCCGCUGUAGCCGAAGUCCUCUGCUCGGGGGGGUGUCCCCGAAGGGGCGGGGGAACCGGGAGGGCCGCGGCACCCCCCGCGCUGCGCUCCGCUCCGCCAUGUGCGCGGGCGGGGAGGGAGGCGUGUCCCCACCCCGCCGCCGCCGCGCCGCCUCCCGCUCGCCUGCGAACCGGCACCGGCGGAGCGAGAGCGGAGCGGCGCAGGGCGCGGAGCUCCGCCGCCCCGCCAUGCCCGCGGCCGCGCCCCCGCCCCGGCGGGGCCCCGCGGAGGUCCCCGCCCGCCGCCGGCGCUGAGGCCGCGGCCGCACCUGCGAGCGGCAUCGCCCGGGGAGGGGGGGGGACGCGCAGCCUCCGCCGCGCCCCUUCUCCUGCGCGGCCGGCGGGGCGCCUCUCCCGCCCGCCCCGUCGCCAAGCGGGAGCCGCCAGCGGUGCCAGCCGAGCCGGAGCCGGGGCAGCCUCCGCCGCCCGCGCUGCCCCCGGCCCGCCGCCCUGCCCUGCUGCCCUGCCCGCCCUUCCCCUCCUCCGUCCCGCCCAAGCCAUGAACUUUGGCCGCGGCCCCGCGGUGGUGUUGAACGUCGGGGGCACCCGGUACUCCUUCUCCCGGGAGGUGCUGAAGGAUUUCCCGCUGCGGCGGGUGAGCCGCCUGCACGGCUGCCUCUCGGAGCAGGACGUGCUGGAGGUGUGCGACGACUACGACCGGGAGCGGAACGAGUACUUCUUCGACCGGCACUCGGAGGCAUUCGGCUUCAUCAUGCUGUACGUGCGGCACGGCCACCUGCGCUUCGUGCCGCACAUGUGCGAGCUCUCCUUCUACAACGAGAUGAUCUACUGGGGGCUGGAGGGCUCCCACCUCGACUACUGCUGCCAGCGCCGCCUCGACGACCGCAUGUCCGAGACGUGCACCUACUACGCGGCGGAGGAGCCGCCGGGGGAGGCGGCCGGCGGCCCCGAGGGCAAGAGCCGCCGGCCGCCGGCAGCCGAGGGCGGGAAGUGGCUGGAGAGAAUGAGGAGGACUUUCGAGGAGCCCACGUCUUCCGUGGCCGCCCAGGUCCUGGCCACCGUCUCCAUCCUCUUCGUCAUCGUGUCCAUGGUGGUGCUGUGCGCCAGCACCCUGCCCGAGUGGCGGGCGCCAGAGAACCGCAGCGUGGAGGAGCAGAGCAGGUACACAGCAGAGUCAGUGAGGGAGCCCUCAGGGAUAAUUGAAGCUAUCUGCAUAGGCUGGUUCACUGCAGAGUGCAUUGUGAGGUUCAUCGUCUCCAAAAACAAGUGUGAGUUUGUCAGAAGACCUCUCAACAUCAUUGAUUUACUGGCAAUUACUCCCUACUACAUCUCUGUUCUAAUGACAGUUUUCACAGGGGAAAAUUCGCAGCUUCAGAGGGCUGGAGUCACCUUGAGGGUCUUAAGAAUGAUGAGGAUUUUUUGGGUGAUUAAACUGGCUCGUCAUUUCAUUGGCCUUCAAACACUUGGUCUGACUCUGAAGCGUUGUUACAGAGAGAUGGUGAUGCUACUUGUCUUUAUCUGUGUUGCUAUGGCAAUUUUCAGUGCACUUUCCCAGCUUCUUGAAAAUGGGCUGGACUUGGGAACAAAGAAUAAGGAUUAUGCCAGCAUUCCUGCUGCUUGUUGGUGGGUGAUCAUCUCGAUGACCACAGUUGGUUAUGGUGACAUGUGUCCCAUCACUGUACCAGGAAGGAUUCUUGGAGGAAUUUGUGUGGUUAGUGGCAUUGUUUUAUUAGCCUUGCCGAUCACUUUCAUUUAUCACAGCUUUGUGCAAUGUUACCAUGAGCUCAAGUUCCGAUCCGCUAGGUACAGUAGAAGCCUCUCUGCUGAAUUCUUAAAUUGACCAAACUUGCAUUCUGUUAUAGUUACUUGCUGAGCUUUGUCUUAGAAGAGAAUGGUGGAAGGUCCCUUCGCGUGUCCUCCUUGACUGGAUGGUCCUAUGGAACAACAUUCUCGCCAGCCUGGAGAAAGCCCGUCACCAUUCAGACAGGAAGGAUGACCAUCUGCCUUGGGCACCUUGCAGGGAGAGGGAGUGAUGUUUCAAAUUUGAGGGAACAAAGGAGGAUUCAGAAGUCCUCAACCAGACCAGUUUGGUCUUUGGUUUGCCUUUCCACACAAAAGCAGAACAAAAAAAUGGGCUUAACACUGAGAUUUGUCAUUCCCAUAAUUACAUCCUCUACCAUUCUAAGCAACGUGUAGCAAAAGUUUUUCUAAGAUUUCAAUAUCUAAAUGCUCCGUAGAGGUAUUGAUAACUUCUCGCCUGAAGUAUCUCCACUUUUAGUUCAGAUAACCAGAUUAGACGCUGAAGGAGAAUCACUGCUACUUUUGAGUAGAGCUGGUUCUGUAACUCAGGAAAGAUGAAGAAUGUAGGCCUGUAGGGCAAAAAAUCUUAAGGCCUGAUUCUGAUCUUUGGUGAAGCACAAAAAUCUGUAAAACCAGUGAAGUUGGUGACAUUGCUCUGAAUUUGACAAUUCAAAGAAGUGCAAGAAGUGCGCCUCUGAAUGUUGUGUCAAGGACUGCCUUUGCCAUAACUAAUUUAUUCUCUGGAACCAAAUCAUUAAUAGAAGCAAGCGUUGUACUUUAUAAAGAUCAGCAUUAAAAAAACAGGCAUUGAUAAAGAUAUUUUCUUGUAGCUUAAUGGGGGAGAUACCUAAAUUUUAUGUACAUUCGGUUCAACUCCAUCUACCUGAAGUUACAUAUUCAUAAGCAUAGAUUUUUUUCCCCCCAUUUACUUAAAAAUAUAUACCAUGUGAAAGUUCUCUAAGACAAAUUAUAAGAUUCCAUCACUUGAAACAGUCUGGAGAAAGCACUGGAAAACAAGAGUAGCUGCUCCCUGUCAGAUGAGACUCUUCAUAAUUUUUAAAUUCUGCAAUCCUUACUGAAGGAUACACUUUACCUUAAUGGAAGUUUUAAAAACAACUGUAAAAGGCCCAGACCAUAUCAAAGAAAGUAAAAUCCAGAAGUGUGAGUUGCACUUGGCAAAAUGGUAUAUUCUCCAAUGUAACUACAAACUUACAAUGAAUCAAGUUAGGUUCUGAAAUAUUGUCCACUACAUUUCUUGUGUAGUCCUGCUUAAUAAAUAGCAUCGUUCAGUAUAAUUCUGAAAGGCUGCUAUGUAGAACUGUGCAGUUAGAUACUAAAACAUGUUAAGGUACAGCUUUACAAAUUUGGGUACCAAUAAACAUCAACAGGGAGCUUUCUUAUUAACAUGGAAGUUCAGAGUCAUCAGUCAGCAUAGUUGAACUUGGUGUGCUUGCCUGGAAAUACCGCAUUUACUAUUACUGUGCCGUAGAAGCAUCUUUUAUAUACAUAUUUGUUAAAAGCUUUAGAAGUAAAAUGAGUACCACUUAGAAAACAUAUCUCUGGAAUUGCUCACUCAAAUAAAAGUACCGCAUUGGUCAGUAACCAGUACAUUGAAGGCUCUACCCUGAGAUUUGAAAAAUUCAUUAUCAUUUUAAGUGGUCUUAGUCUUAAGUAGUCUUAGAGAAUUACAUUGCAAAUACUAUUUUUCUGAAGACCUGAAAAGAAUUUUAGUAGCCUUACAGACAUGCUUGACUCUUCCUUCAGUAGUUUUUCAAGACUACAUUAUUAAGUAACGUUACAGCCAUACCUCUGUUUCUUGCCACUGACACAUUCUGGUGUUCAGAAGCUUAGCUCUGUAGUUCCCUGUACUACUAUAUUGAUGCCUUUUGUAUCAGAAUCAUGUUGCUCAGAAACCGGUUCCAGCAUUCCACAGAGAGGUGAGUAUGAGAGAAGCAAAAAUUUCUUUCUCAGGUGAGAUUCACAGCUGAUGUUAGUUAGGCAGGUUGUGACUUCAGAGACACUUAGAUGUUUUACACCAGUGGAGAUGCUGGCUCUGUAUUCCUGCAUGUGUCCUGCAUAUAUUAUAUAUCGUAGUCAGUUGAAAUGCUUUUUUUCCCCUCACAAAAAAUUUCUUCCUUGACAAAAUUGAAAUUUCAGACUUUAGUCCAAACACAGCUGUUGAAGAAAAUGACAUUUUCAUCUUCUAAUGAAAAGUUUAUUUUGACAGUAUCAAAACACUUUUCAAAGAGAAAAUAGCUAAUUUUUUUGUAUGCUGCUCCAAUUUUUUUUUCCAUUAAAAACAGGUUAAAAAAACCCACAUAAGAACUUAUCCCUACAGAUUUUCAUAUGCUGUUUUUAACACUUGGGAAAAAUACUGUUUUUCAUAAUAGUCCUUAAAACUUACUUUGUCUUUUGUCCAUGUAUUGUAUUUAACCAAACCAAUACUCUGAGAUGCAACCCUCCUCCCACAAAACACCCAAACCAUCAUCACGAUGACAAUAGUUUGAUGCAUUUCAGUACUACCCAUAAAUCUAAUCCUUAAAUGCAUGUACAAACAAAAAAAUAUAAAUUAAAGCACAUAGUAACUUCUGAAUACCAAUAUGUACCAUGAAUCAUUUUGUAUAAGCAAUUAAGAACCGGAAGUUUUCAAAGAUCCAGGUUAUAUGUGGUAUGCAAACAAAAUGUUUGAUCCUUUAUAAAGUGUUUUCCAGCUAAAGAAUCCUUUCCCAGUGUAAAAAGAUUAUCUAAUGAAAAUAAUCAUGUGAAGGAAUAAGUCUAUGGAGAUUAUCUUAAGUCGUACUGUUUUUUUUUAAUAGCUUAUGUUCACUUUUUAUAUGGCAAAAUGUGAACAGAAUGACCUAAUCUAUUUUUUAAUUUGAGUUAUAAUAAAAUAUUAUUUUGAAACUGCUUUCUAUAUAAGCCCACUAAGGAGGGAUACUGGGGUGGUGUGGGGUUUUUUUUUGCUUUUUUAUUGUUGUAUGGUUAUCAGUGUGUAGACUUCAGUUUCCUUAGAAACCAAGUUGAUGUAAUGUGAUCUCAAUGGUAGCCUUAAAACAGAAUUUUAUAGUAAGUGAAUAGGGUUCCUGACUUCUAGUAAUAUAUGUCAUCUUAUUUUCAAUGGACCAGUGGUGUUUUUAGUGAAACUUUAAAACAACUGAAUAUGUGUAGUGAAAAAUAAGCACACUUUUAAACAGAUGAAACUUUUACUAAAAGUAUACUUGAACCCAUGUUUUAUGCAGACAUGGAGUGCAGCACUGUAUUUUGAAAUACAGCAUUUCAAAGCCAAGUGAAGACAAGCUGGAUCAUUUCUAAUCAUUGCCAGUUUGAACCCUAUACAAUAAAAUACUUCAUUGGCAGUACCUUUUUCAACAUCUGAAACAUUCACAGUUGGAACAAAUUAGAUUAAAUACAAAUAUAAUAAAACUGGGCUAAAUGAAGACAGUUUAUGUCAUUUUGAUUGAGCCUUUCUGUUCAUCUAAAACUAAAACCAAUGCCAAUGACUUUUGAACUGCCACUGUAUGUUUUGAUGACAACAAAGGUUAAUAAUACAUUAUGUACUAGGUUCACUCUUUAGGGUUGACCUAUUGGGAACUAUAUAUUAGCGGCAAUCCUUCAAAGUACUGCGUACCACUUAAAAGCAUUUGAUCGUUAAUGAAAUGACUGGAAUGGAAUGAUGUCUAAGGUACAUUUUCCUUCUAGAGUUCUACAUGAAGCACCAUCCCAAAAAUCAUGAAGAAUGGAGGAUUAUAAUUUCCCUUGAUGUAAGACUUGGAAACGAUAUUGUCUUGAUGAAUACCCACAAAAAAAAAAAAAAGAUUAAUUAGAUGAUUUUAAAGUUUUAUCAGCAUAGUGAUCAGCCCUUUAAAUAUGUGAUAUUCAUUCUUACUGUACAAUGGCUUAUUCUGGUGUAUAUAGCAGCAAGUUUGAAGAAGAUAAAAAUCCUGUUAAUGUAAGAUGCAGAUCUUGAUACCCAUGUAUUUAAAGGAAAAGGUACUGGGUUUUCAUAUCAUGUAUGCGAUUUGUGCCCGUAAAGGAAUCUGUCUUCAGCUUUUGUAGCGUUCAACCCUCGUGUUUCCAAAAUAAAACUGAAGUCCUAUGGGUUCAAAACACUUGUCUCUUCCCCUCUGGGUAACAAUUAAAAAAAAAAAUCUUACCAGAUCUGAACAUCUGCCAGGAAGUGGUCAUAUGCACACACCAGCCAGCUAAAUUCAGCAGCCAAACCAGUCAGUUUCUGGGAACCAGCACGAAGAAGGUCUGCUGUGCUCUGAAUUUUCUCCCACCUAAGAGGUUCAGGAUAAGACUACUGGUUAAAUUUUGAUCAUUUGAAGUACCUCGAAAAUUUUAGAAUUAUCCUUUCAAAUGAGCUCCUAAGGAGACAUUUGCUGGAAAAUUAAAUAAGCUAUGCAUAACAAAAAGGAUUACAUUGCUUUAUAAAAAAAUCUUUCACUAUGAUUUUAAAAAAGGAAAUUGAAUCUCAUUUUCUGUUGAUUGUAAAAGCAAACAUACAGGUCAGUAUACGUGAUGCUAGUUAAACUUGCUACAUAAACCAGAUCCCCAUUUUAAAUAAGUAGACUCAGUGAGAAAGGUCUUCCAGCUUUGCUAGAGCUGUAGCAGUUUAUGCUGGCUAAAGAGCUGUCCCAGCCCACAUGGAAGAAAUAACAAUAUGCUGGGUUUCACUGGGUUCAGUGAAAAACUGAUAUGAUGUAUGGCCUGUGAAGUGCAGCACAAAGUAGGGCAUAUCUUUUGCAGACGACAGGAUAGGUUAAGCAUCAAGAAGGCUGCACAGUGAGCAACCAAGAAUGACAACCUGCUUGACAAGAAACUUCAAGAGCCACAGAAGAACAAGAAUAUAAAUCUUUGGUCAAAUUAAUAAAAUGUGAAUAUUUCCAACUACACAUUUUAGAUUCCUUUAUUCUUUACAAACACAAAGGUUUGUAAUUUUAUAGAACAUUAAUUUUAUAUAUUGUUUGCUUCUCUGUAAAGAAAAAUGUAUACUAUAAUUUGAAAAGGUAAUAAAUGUAGUUUUCUGAUGUGAAUACUGAAUUAGAUGCGUAAAAUCACGUAAUAAAAUUUGCUGGUCUUGUUGCUAUA